AUGGAAAGAACAACAUGCUUUGAACUUCCACCUGGCUUCAGGUUUCAUCCAACUGAUGAAGAGUUAAUUGUGUAUUAUCUUUGUAAUCAAGCAACUUCACAACCAUGUCCCGCAUCUAUCAUCCCCGAAGUCGAUAUCUAUAAAUUCGAUCCGUGGCAAUUACCAGAUAAAUCAGAGUUCGGAGAAAAUGAAUGGUAUUUUUUUAGUCCAAGGGAGAGAAAAUAUCCAAAUGGGGUGAGGCCUAAUAGAGCAACAGUUUCAGGUUAUUGGAAAGCUACUGGAACAGACAAAUCAAUCUUUAGUGGAUCUAAGCAUAUUGGGGUUAAGAAAGCUUUGGUUUUUUACAAGGGUAGGCCACCAAAAGGAAUCAAAACGGAUUGGAUUAUGCACGAAUAUAGGUUAAUCGGAUCAAGAAAACAAACCAAUAGACAAAUUGGAUCCAUGAGGCUAGAUGAUUGGGUGUUAUGUAGAAUCUACAAGAAGAAGAACAACACAAAAUCAUUGGAGACAAACCAUGAUUACUCAUCAAACCAAAACAACAUGACACAAAGAAAAGAUGAUAAUGAACAAGAAUUGGUGAAAUUUCCAAGGACAUGUUCCCUUACUAAUCUUUUGGAGAUGGAUUACAUGGGACCUAUAUCACAAAUAUUAUCAGAUGGAUCAUAUAAUUCAACUUUUGAAUAUCAAAUUAAUACUGCAAAUGAUGGAAUAAUGGUUGAAAUGGAUACUACUAACAACCCUUAUGGAGCUGAUUCAGGGAAGUACCGUGGGAACCAAGUAUGUGAUUAG